GUGUUGGGGAAUGACUAGUAAGAUGUAACAGCGUUAUGUAAUUUAAUUACAAAAUAAAUGUAACUGUAAUCCGGUACAGUUACUGAGAAUUUUUUUUUAAAUUAAAUUAAAAUGUUGAUUACAAAGAGGGUUACACAUCUGAAGGUAGACCUUUAAGAUUUUUCUCAGGAGGGAUAUUUCCUCAUUUUUUAAUAUUUAACAUGUUACUGAAUACAUAAAUUGCUGCUUUUAAUUCUUUGAAAUCAAUAUGUUUUUAUAUUUUGUAAAUAAAUCAUGAUGUUGGCCUUAUUUGGAGCACACAUGGUCUUAAAUAGUGCUACAGUACCAAUUAAUCCCACGCCAGAUUUUUGAUUUAUUUCAUAAAUGAUCUUCAUUUUAUAUUCCAAAACCUACAUUAACUAAUGAAUACAUUCUCAAAUGAGAGAUAAUCUUGCUUCAUAAGAAAUUAUAUGCCUUACACAUCAUUUCAGUAUCCAUGAAAAACACCUGAACUUAGAUUUUUGGGGGCUUAAUGGGUACACUUACCCUAAAAGCUGAAACAUUCAUUAGAAAAUUAGAAAAGUAAUCAAAUGUAUUAAGUUACACAACUUUGAUUAAGUAAUUGAAAUACAGUAGUUACAUUACAAAUUACAUUUUAAGGAAGGUAACUAGUGACCUGGAACCUAUUACAUUUCCAAAGUAACCUUCCCAACCCUGAUUAUAUUCAUUCAUAUAUAUAUAUAUAAAAUUGAUUAAACAGGGCUUCACCUUUUAGCCAUCAGGACUUGAUGUGACAGCAGCCGCUGCGUUCAGCUAAUAAUUGAAAAUACACACCAUUACAUACCGCGUGAUCUAAAUGUGCAUGCCACAGAAAUAUCAUUACUUCUGUCCACAUAAUCUGAAUGAAGCUAAAUGAGCUUAUAAUUAUAUGUUUUUACAUUUUCUUUAAACACAAGCCGAAGAUGCUGAGCCACCGCUUCCUUACUGCGCAUGCGCAAGAGUCGUUUACUGAUGGAAAAAAAAGGUCACGAACUCUGACCCUCCCACUAACUGCAACAAACAGCUAAAAUAUUAAUAUAUUGGAGCCAAUUCAUUUCUUGACCUAACAGCUUCUUGACAGGUGUGCAUACCUCAUGGGGCACUGACGUAAAAAGCAGUGGAAGUAGAUGUGUGCAGUAUCGGUAUGGAUGGGCAGACUCAAAGGAUUCAACUUGUGUCGGCAGACAGCAGUAUGGCUUUGGGACACAGAAUCCAGAUUGUGACUGAUCAGCAGACUGGACAGAAGAUCCAGAUUGUCACAGCACUUGAGCCAUCGUCUCCUGGAAAGCAACAGUUUAUUCUAGCAAAUGCUGAUUAUUCUUCCGGUGGGAAGGUGAUUUUGGCCAAGCAAGAAGUCUCACCGAACAAGGUCAUCCUCACUGCUCCAGACGGCUCUGGGGUUAACCAGCUGUUGUUUGCCUCCCCUGAACUGGCUGGGCAGCAGAUUCAGUUUGUAACUGAAGGCUCAGACCCGUCUAUUGUCAAGCCGGUUGUGGAGUACUGCGUUGUCUGUGGGGACAAGGCCUCAGGGCGUCAUUACGGAGCUGUCAGCUGUGAGGGCUGUAAGGGCUUCUUCAAACGCAGCAUUAGGAAGAACCUAGUGUACACAUGCAGGGGCUCCGGAGAGUGUGCCAUCAACAAGCUUCACCGAAACCGCUGCCAGUACUGUCGACUGCAGCGCUGUAUAGCUCUCGGCAUGAAACAAGAUUCUGUGCAGUGUGAGAGGAAGCCUGUUGAAGUUACCACCAGAGAGAAAUCUGUCAACUGUGCAGCCUCCACUGAAAAAAUCUACAUCCGCAAGAACCUGUGUAGUCCUCUGGCUGCCACACCCACUUUUGUAUCUGACAAAGAAACUGCCAGGUCUACAAGUUUGCUCGAGUCAAGCAUGUUGCUCAACAUUCAACAACCCUUCUCCAAGCUGGAAAAUACCAUCUUGAUCCCAACAUCCCCCGACAAGGAGGAUGACCCAUCUCAAAGCGACCUUGGUACGUUGGCGAAUGUAGUGACAUCCCUCGCCCACCUCAACAAGGCCAGGGAGACAAGUGACAGCGGCAAUGAUCUGAUGGGAGUUGAGACGCUUAGCAACGGCGAUAGCUCGAUGACGGACAUCCAAGGAGAAGAGCAAACACCAAGUGAUAUCACUCGAGCGUUUGACACCCUGGCCAAAGUCCUGCAUUCUGGUGACGGCUCAGCAGGAGACUCCUUGGAGGCCACAAUGCAGCUGAUGUCAGGGGACCAGUCGGGUCCUGUGGUGGAGUUAGAGGGACCUCUACUCUCUGACAGCCAUAUUCCCUUCAAGCUUAUGAUGCCUUUGCCUGUGCCAGAGUACCUCAAUGUCAACUACAUCUGUGAGUCAGCUUCACGGCUACUUUUUCUCUCUAUGCACUGGGCACGCUCCAUACCUGCCUUUCAAGCCUUAGGUGGUCAAGACAAUGACAUUAACUUGAUGAAAGCCUGCUGGAAUGAGCUGUUCGCCCUGGGUCUGGCACAGUGUUCCAACGUUAUGAAUGUUGGUACCAUCUUAAGUGCCAUUAUCAACCAUCUGCAGACCAGCUUACAGGAAGACAAGUUAUCCCCAGAUCGAGUAAAACUCGUAAUGGAGCACAUCUGGAGGAUGCAGGAGUUCUGUAACAGCAUGUCCAAGCUGUCCCCGGACGCUUAUGAAUAUGCCUUCCUCAAAGCCAUCGUUCUCUUCAGCCCUGAUCACCCAGGCAUUGAUAAUACCCCACAAAUAGAGCGGUUCCAGGAGAAGGCUUACAUGGAGCUGCAGGACUAUGUAACUAGGACCUACCCAGAAGACUCCUAUCGGUUAUCCAAGCUGUUGCUGCGUCUUCCUGCUCUCAGGCUGAUAAGUGCAGCUGUCACUGAGGAGCUGUUCUUCGCUGGGCUCAUUGGCAACGUGCAGAUUGACAGCAUCAUACCGUACAUCCUCAAAAUGGAAUCGACUGAUUAUAAUAGCCAGGCGGUCUCUGGCGUCUGACAUAACGUGCCAUUUGUUAUAAAAAAAAACAAACAAACAUGGGACUGUGAAGACUCAACAGCCAAUCAGAGCGCUUCUUACACUGGUCACUGAGGGGUCAUAACAUACUGUAUUUAUGACACAGCAUCCUAUGUGAAUUCUCCUUUCACUCUUACCUUGCUCCUUCUCGUGACUCCUCAGUCACCAGCCAGUAGAGCCUGGCUCACAAAGAGGACGAGAUAAAAUCAACUCCAGUGGCAAGUGAGCCUGCCGAUAUCUGCCCAUUCAGGAAUUAACCCUUGAAACCUGCAUAGUAGAUUGUGCUUUUUAUUGUACAUAGUAUUUUAUGCUUCAUUGCCUCCAAGCCUUUCCUUUUUCUGCAGAUCUUGUACUUGAAGGAAUCGGGAUGGUUUCUUUUUCACUGCUUUCCUACACAUGGUUGUGCUUUUUUUAUUUUCUAAAAAUUAUGAGGUAAAACACUUGUCAUAAUGUGAAACGAUUUGUGAAAUGCUGUUAUCGCUAAAGGUUAUAACCUUUAUUUUGUAUUUGUUUGCCAAUCCAAAGGAUAGGGCCAGCAUCAAUUGUCUGAAGUAACUGUGUAUAUAGGUUUGUAUAUAAAAUGUACCAAGAAGGCUAUAAUGGGCAGCACUUGCUUGGUAAUGAAUGGAUUCCAUCUUUUAAACAAAGAUGGAAGAUUGAAAAUGGUCAAGCCAUUUGAAAAUAAAAACAU